ACCUGAAAUAGGUCAUUUGGUUGUAAAUUCACUUAAUCUGUCCUCCAAUCAUCUCUCGGGGAAAAUUCCAGAUGAAUUUGAAGUUGUGUCUUUUCGAAAGAGCUUCUUGAACAAUCCUGGUCUCUGUGCUACUACGCCCUCAUUAGGCCUCAGGGAUUGUAGAGAAAAAACUGAGAAAUCCAAACUUAUUGCCAUUAUUGGAAGUAUAGUAGCUCUUUUGUUUCUAGUGGUCAUUCUAUAUAUGGUGCAUGUGUUCAAGAUUAGAAGAUUGGAAUAAAAGAAAAGAAAAGAAGCAUUGGUUCAACACUGGAAGCUCACACCAUUCCACACUUUAAACUUCAUGGAAUCAGACAUUUUACCAAAUUUAGCAGAGGACAAUAUGGUCGGGAGUGGAGGAUCAGGGAAAGUUUAUGUUGCGGCGUUACGCACUGGAGAAAAAGUUGCUGUUAAGAGUAUUCGGAACAACUACAAGUUGUGUGAGAAGGAGUUUCAAGCAGAAGUUAAAAUACUGGGAACAAUUCGUCAUUCCAACAUAGUGAAGCUCUGGUGCUGCAUUUCAUGUGAAGAAUCAAACCUUCUUGUGUAUGAAUACAUGGAAAAUCGCAGCCUGGAUCUGUGGCUUCAUGCAAAGAAAAGAUCACAUGGCCAAUUCCUUGACUGGCCUACUAGACUGAAGAUCGCAAUCGGAACUGCUCAAGGGCUGUCCUAUAUGCAUCACAACUGCUCACCGCCAAUUGUUCAUAGGGAUGUAAAAUCCAGCAAUGUUCUUCUAGAUUCAGAGUUCAAUGCCAAGAUUGCAGAUUUCGGCCUAGCCAGAAUGUUGAUGAAACAUGGUGAUCCCAACACAAUGUCCACCUUUGCUGGCACGUGUGGGUAUAUAGCUCCAGAGUAUGUAAAAACUAGAAGAGUGAAUGAGAAGAUUGAUGUGUAUAGCUUCGGGGUGAUCCUUCUGGAACUGGUGACAGGAAGAGAGCCGAAUGAUGGAGAUAUGGAUUGUUGCCUAGCUGACUGGGCACGAUACUAUGUUGUAGAAGAAAACCCCAUUGAGGAUGCUUUAGAUGAGGAAAUAAAGGAGGCAGAGAACAUAGAUGUGAUGUGUGGAGUGUUCAAGCUAGGGAUCUUCUGUACUGGUAAAACUCCAGCUCAAAGACCAACCAUGAGAGAAGCCUUGCGGAUCCUCCAACAUCCCAGCCCUCUAUCACCAUAUGGCAAAGAAAGAAGUGUUAGUGAGCGUGAUGUUUUACCGCUUAUUAAGUGUUCCAGUAGUGAGGGGAUAUUGGAAGAUGAAGAUCAUUGUUUAUAA